AUGCUGGAACCGCAGUGCAUGAUCCGAGCUGAGACCAAGCUGCCAGUGGCACCUGACAUGACAUGUAGGAACAGUGAAUAUCCUUAUGAAGAAAAAUACAGAUUCAUUCGGAUUGGAAAUCCAGCCUUUUCCACUAGGCUGUUGCCUGUCAGAGGAGCAGUUGAAUGUUUGUUUGAAAUGGGGUUUCAAGAGGGAGAAACUCACCUGGUUUUCCCUAAGGAAGCAUCGAUUGAACAGCUACGUAAAAUCAGAGAUUUAAUUGCUGGAGAGAGAAGUAGCAGACUGAAUGAGUCUAAUCAAAUCCACAGAUCAGCAUCUUCUGAAACUGUAGCCAGCACUCGGGCGGUUGCACGUCAGCCUUCAAGACCUGCUGACUCUGUUCUUGCCCCUGCCCAUCAGCAACUAGAAACAUCACCUGCACAACCUCUUGAAAUGGCUGCAAAUAUCUUGAAAAAACUUCAAACAAACUUUGAACAUCUUGUAUUGGUGUAUGAGAAUCCUUCUCUUCAGCAGAAAGCACUAGCUUCAAUUCCCCUCCAAGAAUUGAAAGGGAAGGCUCAGAAAAAGCUAGCACAAGCUACAAUACUGGACAAAGGUGCACAUUUGAAUGAAGAGGACUUCUUGCUGUUGGAGCUUUUGAACUGGUUUAAGAAUGACUUUUUUCAUUGGGUAAAUAAUCUUCCUUGCAGCAGAUGUGGUGGGCAGACAGAGCCUAAAGAUAACAACCUGUCACCUACUGAUGACGAUCUAAGGUGGAAUGCCAGUCGAGUGGAAAAUCAUUACUGCAACCAGUGCCAGUUCUGUAAUAGAUUCCCAAGGUAUAAUAAUCCAGAGAAGCUUCUGGAAACCAGACGUGGACGUUGUGGCGAGUGGGCUAACUGUUUUACACUGUGUUGCAGAGCUAUAGGGUUUGAAGCUAGAUAUGUCUGGGACGUUACAGAUCAUGUGUGGACUGAGGUAUAUUCUGCAUCUCAAAAAAGAUGGCUUCACUGUGAUCCCUGUGAAAAUGUCUGUGAUAAACCUCUUAUCUAUGAAACUGGGUGGGGAAAGAAGCUCUCCUACAUAUUUGCUUUCUCCAAAGAUGAGGUGGUUGAUGUCACCUGGAGAUACAGCUGUAAGCAUGAAGAAGUACUCUCUAGAAGGACAGUGGUCAGUGAAGCUACGCUACGGGAGACAAUUAACACACUUAAUAGAACGAGACAACAAUUUUUGGCAGAAAACAGAAGAAAAGAGCUCUUGGAAAGGACAAUCGUGGAGCUUGUUGAGUUCAUUUCUCCUAAAACCCCUAAACCUGGUGAAUUUGGUGGAAGGACAUCAGGUUCAAUGGCUUGGCGAGUAGCCAGAGGUGAAAUUGGUUCAGAGAAGAGAAAAGAAGUAAUUUUUAUUCCCUCUGAAAAAGAGAAGACAUCUAAACUGUUCCACUUGGCCUACAAUGUAGUAGAAGAUAGUUAUACACGGAUUUCCAACAAUAAUGAAAAAAUAACUGGCUGGGAAGCAGGUGUUUGGAAGGCAGAGUCUAUCUGGAGGAAGGUUGAAACAGACUGGAAAAUGGUUUAUUUAGCCCGAAAAGAGGGGUCAUCCUCUGCUUCCAUCAGCUGGAAGUUUGAAUGUAAGUCAGUCGGUCUAAAAAUAGAUAGCAUGUCAAUUAGGACAAGCAGUCGGACAUUUCAGAGUGGAAGAAUAAAGUGGAGAGUGUACUCCCCCACAGCAGAAAUUGCUCUGUUAGGAGUAGAUAAAAGUCUUUGCUCCUAUUCAGACUUUUCGGGUGCAACAGAAGUUGUGUUGGAAGCAAUCCUAAAUGGAGGAGAUGGUGAAGCUGCAUGGCAACACACCCAGCUGUUUAGAGAGAGCUUAACAGGAGAUGGAGAAAAUUGCUUGGAGAUCAUUAUAAAACUCGCUGACCUCUGAGAACCAAAAAAAGAGAUGUUCUUUGGAUUCCUUGAAUACGUUAUGCGAUGGAUACAACGCGAAGAUUUGGAUGGCCAUUCCCAUUCAUCCUGCUGGCAGCUUAUGUCCUGUUUGACACCUUCCAUGUAACCAGCUUGAAACUGCACGUGUAUUGAAUAGGUAAACAUCACAAUGAAAACCUUUUUCACUUUAAAAACAAAUGCCAAAAUCAAGGGAUUGAAAGAUUAAGGUAAUACCUCUUUCCUUAUCUAUAAGGAAGAGGAAACAGUUUUUAGAAAGCAACAUACAAUCAUAAGAGAAAUUUUGAUUUGGAGUUUUAGGAUUGCUUUGUUGUUUUUUGUAAUCUGCUGUUUGGAGUUACUGUUGGAGUUCCAUUUUUUGGUAGAUCACAACAGAUGCAUUGUGAUUUUAAAACAUUUUAAUAGACUAAUAGAAGACUUGCUUAGGUAUUUUUAAAAAGAUGAUUUUAUGUAAUAAGCAGAAGCUGCCAUUGAGAUAAAUAUUUAAGCAAUCUUAAAAUUAGUUUGUUAUAUAUAUCCAGCUAGUGUUUGAAAGUAUGAUGGUGUAGGAAAAUAAAGUAAUUUUGAAAGAA